UUUUCAUUUUAACAGCAACUGUUGCAAAGCGAUUGCCAUGGUGAUCUGAGGGAGGAAUCACAAGUGAUUGUUAAUUGAGAGAAAGGAACUACUGUUCAUGUGAAUUCAAGACCUCGGUCACAGAAAAUCUAUGCUGCUCCGAACUCAACAAACCUAAAAAUGGUCGAGGAAAAUCCAACUGAAAUCAAUGUGCUUAGCGAAGAUGUUUCGAAUGCAAAGCCGCUACAAUCUGAGAUUAAACAGGAUGACAAUAACCGUCCUGCAAGAAGUGACUCUGAAAGAAUAAAAACCAGAAAGAAGAUGUACUGUAUCAUUGCGGUCCUUCUGUUUAUCGUUGUUAUUAUUUGUAUUGGAGCAAUUCUCCAUCUGUUUCAGAGAUGUAGUGCCUGUGUGUUUCAUCAGAAUGCAGGAGUAGCUUCAGAUGGAGAACCUUGUUCUAAAAUUGGCAGUGACGUGUUCUGUAAGAAAAACAGCAACCAAAUUUUAAGCGAGAACGACAUAAUAUAUUUUCCAAAGUUAGCGAACACACUGCAAAUGAUAGCAGACAUAGGACCGAAUGCAUUCUAUGAUGGGCCCAUUGCAGAUGAUAUUGUUAAGUAUGUCAGUCAAUCAGGUGGACAAAUUUCUCACAAUGAUCUGAAACAGUAUAAAGCGAACAAGGAGACACCAAUAAAUGUGACUGUUGAUGGAUAUACACUGUAUGUUCCAGGUGCCCCAUCUGGAGGACCAGUGCUUGCACUCAUUCUGAAAAUUCUUGAAGGGUAUAACUUUUCCCGAGAAAGUGUUUCUACACGGGAAAAGAAAGUCUUGACAUACCAUAGAAUUAUCGAAGCUUUCAAAUUUGCAUUUGCGGAGAGAAGCAAUUUGGAGUAUCCAACAUCGAGUGACCAUACAAAGACAAACAUUUCCGACAAUGUUUUCUCAUUAUAA